AUGGCAUCAUUCGAAGAUUCUUCAGUACUGGAGGGAUGGUUUCUUGAUUUGGAAGAAGAUGAUGAGUGUUACAACUUGGGGAGCCAUCUGCAGGAGAACUCGUUUGAUGAUUUCGCAGCUCACAAGUCUUUUAUAACGCAGGAGGAGAAUAUUGUACAGCAGCGAUCCGAGUCGCCGGAAAGCUAUACUUCUGGUUAUUCCAUUUUCAUGCCCAACGCCAACAAUGGCAAUAUUACCAGAACAGCUACCAUCUCUUUCGCCGGCGGAUUCCAAUUCCAGGAAGAAUGUUUCCAGGCUGCAGAUCAGUUUGAAGAACGCCCUCUCAAACACCUCAAAGGUAGUGAUGAUUACACUAAGAAGCAGCUGCCUACUUCGUCUUCUUCCACUCUUCAUCACAACGUCGUUUCUGGGGUUAACAAGGGCGGCGAUCGCGAGAAAACUCCUCUUUCCCAGGAUCACAUUUUGGCUGAAAGAAAACGCAGAGAGAAACUCAACCAGAAGUUCAUUGCUCUCUCUGCCAUUCUUCCCGGCCUCAAGAAGUCAGACAAAGCAUCGGUUCUUGAAGAAGCCAUCAGGUACGUGAAGGAGCUUCAAGAAAACGUGAAGCAUCUGGAGCAAGCGAGAAACACAAGAUCAGAGAAAACGGUGGUGAAGAGACGUAAAGUGAUUUCUCCCGCCGGCGACGAUUUGUGGGAACAAGGACACGACUGCUCCGACGUCGACGACGAUAAAACUGCGCCGGAAAUUGAAGUCAUGUUUUCAGAAAAGAGCGUUCUCAUAAGAGUACACAGCCAGGAACGGAUUCCAUCACUACCCACCUUUCUGAGGGAGAUAGAAUCGCUGCAACUUACCAUUCUUAACAGCUCCGCCAUGCCUUUCGGCAAAAAUGCCACAGAUAUUACUCUGGUUGCUCAGAUGGAGGAGGGUUUCUGCAUGACAACAAAUGAUGUUGUGAAGCAUCUGCAAAGGUAUUACACAGGAACAUAG